GUCUCUCUUCCCCCUUGGUUUAAGCCAGCCACCUCCGCUUCUCCUCCUCCCUUGCCUCACCAGCGUGCAUUUUUGCAGAUGGCUCUUUUCCCUUGCACAGUAAAAGACUUCAUCAUGGCCCCUCGCAGCACUUUUGAAGAGGCAUUUCUUGUCUCUUCUCAUGCAAAUCUGUGCAUUGGAGCAUCAUGGCUACUGAUCAAGUCAGAAGGAAACGAACAACUUUUUUCAGAGUUGCGAACGUUUGCACUGUCCUAAUUCUAGCAUAUAGCAUCUUGUGUAUCUCGAGCUUUUUGGUGGCAAAGCAAGCUGUUUGCUCCACGACCGCUACCGGCAUCUACUUCGCCAUUGCUUUCUCGAUCCCUACUAUACUCACGGCGGGCCUUCGCUGCUAUCUCAUCUUCCGCCAGAGACAAAACUCGCAGACCAUAUCACCCUCUCUGGCCCUCCCACGCCUAGAUUCAGCUUGCGUAGCGGCAGUUCAAUGCCUGGUGGCUCUUUGGAUGAUUCUGGCAGGAUGCAGUCUCCUUCCGAUUGCACUCCGUGCACCUGUCUGCCUCUCUCAACCUCUACCACAAUGGCAGGGUGAUCUGGCGGAAAAUAACUGGAGAUAUGGCUUGUCCUGCCGCCUGCAUAGAGCGGUUGUCGCCUUGUCCGUCAUUAUGGCGGUCUCCAUCUGUGCCGUAUCCUUCUUCGACAACACGGGUCGGCGCGAGCACCGUCGCGGGUCGAGUUACCUCUGCUGCUACUGGCGAGUUUCCCGCAGAGAACCCAAGCAUCGACCCGCCCCUUCGAUCUCCAGCACCCGCUCUGCCUCAGAAGUCGACAAGCACGAUCGUUUGUUCCUCGUGCCUGAGACACGCCCUUCCCGCUUCGAACACGAACAAUGGCUCCAGCGCAGGAACAGCUUGUCCUCACAACGAGCGAUAUACCCUCACAAAUACCACUAUUACGAUCCACGGUCGCGGUAUGUGGUGCACAGUUACGCGCCCAGCAGCCGGUACCCGAGUACGCUGCGGUCAGUCUCAGAGGGCCGAUGUCUGGACUUGAGUGACAGAAGCUCGAGUGUGAUGCUGAGGUCGUCACAGUCAUCCGGGUCAUUGGCCACACUUUCUCGCCCGACCACAAUGGUGGGCACGGCGAGAUGUCGCUCGAGCAGUACAGGUAGUCCUGGGAAACCCGGCCGUGCUCAGCCUCGACGUUCUUCAGCUUCGGCAGCAGCACACUCCGUACCUGAUGUCCCUUUUCUGCCUCCGCUACCUGCCCUACCUGCGCCGACAUGGUCGCCGUCACUGCAGCAUACGCCGCUUAGUGCCGAUCCGACGAUCAGGGCGUUGAGUAUGGGAGUCGUCCUCGCACAAUCACAACAGCAGCCGCAGCUGCCGCCGAGACAUAAGUCUCGGACUCACAUCCACGACGGUAUUCCUGGCACGCUCCCGGGUGUGAAGCUGAACGCGCAAGCAAACAUGGAUGUACUCAGAGAGAUUGACGGCAAUGCAUCAUCGCCGCGGGUGACUGCUCCUGUUCCACCCAUGCCACAAAAGCCUCCUCCAACGUUACCGCCACCACCACCACCAGCGUUGACCGGACCAAAGAUUGCGAACAUACCUGUCCCACCAUUACCAGUACGCGCACCAGACCACUUCGUCUUCCCGCAGAGCACGAGACAAACUUUGCGACAGACGUCAUCCCCGAGGCGGUACCGCCAGUACUACAACACGCCACAUGUGCAUCGCGGAACUAGUGGUCAUCGCAAGGGAGAUGCGACUGCAAGCGUGAGUAAUUAUUCUGCCAGUUCGAGCUCGUAUGGCUCUGGGCAUGCGGCCAGCACGAUUGGGAAGAACACGUGUGUGAGAAAGACGUGAUGUGCGAGGGCCUGGCUGUCAGUCAGGGUUGCAGCUAGGAAAUACGAGUAAGGGAUGAGACCAAAGACGCAACAUUUUGCUCGCGGCAAGGGAUACCACGGAUGCAGGGAUGAAAAGCACU